UUAAUUUAAUAUUUUGCUUUGAAUUUGUGCGAUGCCGAGUUUUAGAACAAGAAUUCAAGAAUUAGAGUUUCCGAUGCAACCAGUCGGGAGCUUAUCGGAGAUGGUUUUCGGGUUUCUAGAAGACGGAGAGACGAUGGUUCCCGCGAGCUUUAGCAAUGUUGCUGCAAUGUCAUCACCUGCGAGUGAAACGUUAGAGGAAGAAGAUGAUCCAGAAAAGGAAAACAAUGGCGGUGUUGAAGAUAACACAAGUUUCUGGGAGACACAACACCAGGUUUUACAGGCAACUUUAUGCAGAAGUAGCUCUUUAGAGUCAAAGAUAAGAAACGCUACAAAAGAAGCUCUGAAGGAUAUAAAGAAUAUGGCUGGAAAUAUAUGUGCUUGUGGGAGAUCGGUGGCUGCCGGUGGUUGCCGGAGUUGCUUGAUGAGAGAAGUCUCUAGCCGCCUUAGCAGUGCCGGUUAUAAUAGUGCCAUUUGCAAGUCCAAGUGGAGAAGCUCCCCGGAUAUUCCUUCAGGGGAACACACAUUCAUAGAUGUGAUAGACAAUUCAAGUACAAAGAAAGGAGAGGAGCGGGUGAUAAUCGAGUUGAAUUUCAGGGCAGAGUUCGAGAUGGCUAGAGCGAGUGAAGAUUACAACAGAUUAGUCCGCCGGCUGCCGGAAGUAUUCGUGGGAAAAGUCGAAAGAUUAAAUAAUGUGAUAAAGAUCUUAUGCAAGGCGGCAAAGAAGUGCAUGAAGGAGAAGAAAAUGCACAUGGGUCCAUGGCGAAAACAGAGAUACAUGCAAGCGAAAUGGCUUAGCUCAUGUAAAAGAACCACAACUUCGCCAGUAAUUACAAUGGAAAAUUCUGGUAGAUUGCCGAAACCUAGAGCGUCCAUGUUAACUGAGGAUUUGCUAGACAAAUUACCCAAUAUGCAUUGUACGGCAGUUGAGGUUUUGUGACUGUUGAUGAUCAAGAUUUUGUCCAGUUUCUUCGUUGGGUUUAAUUGUGAGCCUUUCGAUGGUCGAACUUUUUACUUAGUGUAUAGAUAUGGGAACGGAUUGGAUGCAUCAUAAAUAAGGAAAAAAUCAUUUUCUUAUUUAUACUCUUCCCUUGUUAAUAAUAUUAUUGGCAUAUUAUAUAAAUUUUAUGUGUUUAAUCUUUUGACUAGCUUAUUGAUUAUACCAAGUUUCACAACGAAGUCAAUUUAUGCACUUGCUAAAUUAUAUCAUCUUGUCU